AUGUUCGCGGGCCGGCCGGGCCGGGGGCGCCAGCCGAAGCCGCCCCCGGACCCUCACGCCCGGAUCGUCGAGCUCGUGACCCUCGCCUGCGAGUCCGGGGGAUCCGCCCCCGAUCCCGAGCUGCUCCGCGCGCUGAAGCGCGAGGUCCGCGCCGAUGCGGUCGCGUUGCGUCGCGCGCACGAUACGCUCAUGGACCGAUGCCUGCGCCACAGGGAGUGCGGCCCGAGGCUUCACGCGGUGGUCAUCGUGGACGAGCUCUUUCGCCGGUCGAGGGACUUCCGCGACGCGCACAUGGAACGCCUGGACGCGUUCCUCCGUCGCGCCAUCGUCGGACGCGAUGAUUCGGGCGCCGAUCCCGCGGAGGCGAUCCCGGGGCCCGUCGAGGACGCCGACCGCCUCGUCUCCCGCGCGUGCAGCGCCCUCCAGGAAUGGAACGAACGCUUCGGCGCGCACUACCCGAGGCUGGGCGUGGCGCUCCGAUUCGUCGACGACGUCCUCGGCCCCGCCGCGCCCGCUUCCAUCGCGGAGAGAGAGUCUAGGGAGGCGCAAAAACGAGACGAAGAGGACCGCGCGCGGCGCCUCGGUCGAUGGCGACGUUGCGAACGGGAACGACUGCCGGGGCUGCGCAGGGACGCGGGGGAGUACGCGGUGGCCAUCGGGGAGUGCCUCGCGAUCCUCCUCGGCGCGAAGCCGGAGUACGCGGAUUUCGAAGACGAUGAACGCGAACGGGACGCGGCCGACGGAGACAACAAAGACGACGAAGAAAGAUGGGAAGACGUCGACGCGGACGAACCCGACGAGCCGCCCGGGGGGCCCCGCGGUGCACAGCUGGCGGGGGACGUUCACGGUGCACAGCUGGCGGGGGACGUUCACGGCGCACAGCUGGCGGGGGACGUUCGCGUCGCCGUCACCGACGAUAACCGAGUCGUCGUCGACGAGCUUCGCCGGCUGUGCAGAGCCGCGACGGUUCGCGUCCUACCCGGCCUCGCCGAAGCCCUCGCGCUCGUCGCCGGGAUCCAUUCGAUCCCCGUGGACCGUUCGACCCCCUCCGGGGGUCGUGCGGACCGUUCGGUGAAUGACGCGUUGAGCUCAGAGUCGAAGGCGGCGGCGGUGAACGCGUUGGCGAGGUCGAAGAGGACGCUGCGGGCGGCGGUGGACCGGUGCGUCGCGCUGGGAAUCGUCGCCGCCGGGGAGGCGGGCGGCGGCGACGACGACGACGGGGUCGAGACCGUGGCGGCGACAGGGGUAAACGGUGAUGGCCGGAUGGUAGGGAACGGCGCACGGCUGGAGCCGGAAACGUUGACGAUUGCUCUGGACGACGCGCCCCCGCUCCCGACGGAGACUUUGACGGACGGCGCAAUCCCGGACGGGGACGGCGGGCGGGGGUCCGACGUGGACGCGUUGAUCGAGCGAGCCCGUCGGAGGCGCGCGCGGCGCGAGGGUUUGGCGCGACGAAACGCCGCCGCCGGUGAUGGUAACGGUAAUCGGGACGGCGGCCGGGGGACCGGGCUUCGGGGGACCGGUCGGGCGGUGACUGGUCGAGCCCCGUCCGGCGGCGGUGGGGACGGGAACGCCUCGGCGGCGAACCUCGCGAAGCGGAUGCUCGCGUCGGCGAUGAGGGAGCACAACGAGAGCGUGAUGCGAGAGCUCGGGGACGAGUACACGGAACGGAGGGACGAGGCGUCGGGGCUGGCGGGGACUCGGCGGAGGCUGGAACGGGAGCGGGAGGAGACCGAGGCGACGGAGGCGGAGGAGGCGGCCAAAGAGGCGGCCAAGCGGCGGAGGAGGGAGACGACGACGAAGCAGCGGAUCGAGGCCAAGCUCAAGGCGCUGCGGAAAAAGAGGCGCUGA